AUGGCACUCACCCUCCGGCCCCAGCCCUCGAGCCUGAAGGUUCUCGCCCUCAGAUAUGAAUCCAACUCUUUACCCGGGCGGACACUCAACGAGGUUUAUGGCUCGCUGGGGUCAGUCGCAGAGACUGUCGCCAAUCGAGUCGCGCAUCGCUUGGGGAUGGGGCCGUUGUCUGCCGCUGACCGAAUCAACCGGUUUUUUGACGGGGAGGGAGGAGAGGCGAAGGAGCGGAAGAUAGCUGGCUUGCGAUCGGACCAGAGCAUGAUUGGCAUAAAAACGUUGAGGAAAGACUGCGCCAAGUUGCUAGCGUAUACUGCGUCAAAACAAGCUACACGAACAAGAAUCGACGCGUUUUGGUGUAUUGUUGACGUUGCGACACGAUACCCUGGUUUGCGCCAUUUCUUCCUCGAAACACAUAUCGUCCCUUCGCCUGUUAGCGUGGAUGGACUGUGUGCUUUCUGGAAGCCUCAACAUUGUCUAAGCCCUGAGGAUGCAAAAGAGUUUGAUUUCGUUGUCAAACUCACUGCGACAUGUCUUGCUGACGGCAACAUCGCGAUUUUGGUUGAGGCCAAUCCAAGACAGAACCCGCGUAUCGAGGGCUGCAACACUGGGCUCACAGUCGUCGAGUUUUUGCUCGUCACUUUAUGGUCGCGCACUCUCGCCGAACCGUCAGUGUCGCUCUCCGUCCGCUAUCUGGCCGGAAUACUCGAACUGAAGUCAUUCUGGCUCCAGUCGGGGCCCAUCUUCGACGAUGUGCUGCGCAAAGUGAAUGAACACGUUUGCCAGAUGCUCGAAGACCUUGACAUCAAACAACAAGCCCAAGACGAAACCGAGUCCUUGAUGGACUUUGACGGGCUCGAUGCCCUGUUGACGGCAUUGCAAGCCGGGAUUCAUGAUAUGACGCUCAGUCGCAAGAUGGAGACGACGACACUGCAAGAUUGCAAAUGGUAUCAGAGCGCAGAACAGGUUGUCUCAUUGCUGAGAUUUCCUAAAGCGGAAGCGCUGUUCCCAAACGCGCAUGCAUGGGCCAUCACUGACGAGUUUCAGCGGUGGUUUCCGACCCCAUAUCGAGUCCAGGAAUUCACAGUCGUCGUUCCUGUAACAGGGCGUGAUGCGGAGGAUCACGAAUACUUCGACCAAGGAGGCCAUUCGGUAGUAACCGAAGAGGAUGACGUCGCGUCAGAUGUGAGCUCGGUCUCAAGCGAUGCGACGAGUGUUAUAUCGAAAGAAGCACUGGAGGCGGAACCACAGGCAGCACCGUCCAUAAGAAGAAACACAGACAAUGAACGAUCGGCAACGAGCGAGUCAAGAAUUGACCCAUUUGAUAGACGGUUCUUUAGCUAUGAAGACAGGGAUGAGGAACGGGAUAAAGCGAGGGGCACGUAUUUGUUUGGUCGGGAAGUGGACGAACGAUUUCGAGAGGCAGGCCUUCCCCUUGGGCCACCGCCUGUGCCUGGCGCACCGAUUCAGAAAGCCCGGCCAAAGAUAUCUGCGCGUUUUUUCAAAAGGAUACGAUAA